AUGCAUCAUAUCAAGAACGUCGCAGUUGCAGGUGCUACUGGCAAUGUCGGGAGCAGAGUUCUACGUGUGCUGCUUGAUGUGGGAAGAUUCAAAGUCACAGUGCUGACUCAAAAGGAAGGGAAUCCAUUCCCAGAAGGAGUGGAGACGAAGGUCGUCAACUACGACUCGAUGGAGUCUGUAUCCGAGGCCAUCAAGGAACAAGAUGCGGUCAUAGAUUGCACCGUGAGCAUGGACGGUGGUUCCCAUAUCCGCCUUAUGGAUGCGGCUGGGAUCCUGUCUACAUGUGUUCAGAAACCCGCAAUGUAG